CGUAGGUCUCAUCAUCUUCCCAUCUCCCUCUCUUCUUCCUACUUUUAACAGGUUAUGUCGCAGGUUGGACUCUAUGUGCUGUCCAAAGCGACUGAGAAUCUGCUGUUUGCGACGCCAAUAAUCAUAGGAUAUUUGGUCUAAGAUGCACUACUACGAGACACCGGGCCACAACAUCGCUGCGGCGGUAGUUCUGUCAGUGGCAGACAUAAUCGCUGUCAGCUUACGGUUCUGGGUGCGGAGAAAGCAGAGCCAGCCGCUGAAAGCGGACGAUUGGCUUAUGAUACCCGCUCUGUUACUUUCGGUUGGAAUCGCUAUUGCGAUUCUCUAUGGUGUGUCACAAGGGGCUGUAGCUUAUCCGCUCAAACUCCCCAAGGACUACACUGGUAGUCCCUAUACGAUACACACACGCCAGCUAGAGCUGUCAGGCCAGGUUGAGUGGGCUUUCAACCUGAUGUUCCCCUUGGCCCUCGGAUGCACGAAGGCCAGCCUCCUCUUCUUCUACCUAAGAGUGUUCUCAGUGGAAAAGUGGAACAAGCGGACUGUGUUGAUCAAGGCCUUAAUCACCCUCAUCAUACUAUGGGCUAUAGCAUUUUUCUUUGCGGUGCUCUUCGCAUGUGGUACGCAUAUUAACGCCAUAUGGGGCCCAACUCAAAACUUGUAUACUAUCUGCACCAAUACGCUGCACAGGCUCAUAUCCCUGUGCUAUACCGACUUCUUCGCUGAUAUAGUAAUCAUUCUCAUCCCGGUUCCAAUAAUCUGGCGCUUGAACCUCACCACAGGCAGGAAGAUUGCUAUAUCGGCGGUGUUCCUCCUGGGAGUAGUGUCUAUCGCUGCCUCUCUGACUCGCUUGAUUAUCGUCUCAAACACAGUCUUCAUAGGAUUCACACCCUCUAAUGAUGAAAUUCUCGGAGUCACGGUGGUGAUUUACUGGGGUCUGAUAGAACUUGGUAUCGGCGUCAUCGUCGCAUGUCUACCCAGCCUGAGUUUUCUCCUCAAGGACAUCUCAUGGGAGAGGGCUACUACCACGGCCAGAAGCCUGCUACGCACCAGACACUGGGGAUCGUCAUACACACAGAAUGAUGAGCAUCCUGCCAUUUCCGAUGUGGAAUCUGGGAAAGCGAGGAGCGGAUCUUUCCGCGCGAGCUUCUCCCAUCAUAUACGGAGACAGGUUAGUCAUGAUCCGAUGCCCGCCCGGAGCGCCAACAUCGCUCCUCCCCCUCAGGUUCGAGUGACAAGAAGUUACGACGCGAAUAUAACUAGAUCGGAAAAGCUUCCGAGAGAUUUCGUAGCAGAAAGCGGCUAAAGCGUAAGGUAAAAUGAUUCGGGCGGGACAAGGGACAUUUUAGUUUAGCUAUUCUUCUACUGUCUGGUACUCUUUGUCGUUCCUGUGAGAGAAUGGGUGUCACCGUCACCAGUAGACUUGAAAAUGAUCUACGUCAAUUGUAUAGCUCCGUGGUAGUUCACACUUGGAUAUGAACAGAAAUAAGGCAUUUGGCCCACAUCACGUUCCCCCAAAUCGCUGACAGCCGCUAUGAGUGUCUACACGUACCUAAUUUCGUCAUAAAAAAG